AUGACCUGCUGUCGGCGUGCGAUGACCUGCGGUCGGCGUGAGAUGACCUGCGGUCGGUGUGAGAUGACCUGCGGUCGGUGUGCGAUGACCUGCGGUCGGUGUGAGAUGACCUGCGGUCGGCGUGAGAUGACCUGCGGUCGGCGUGAGAUGACCUGCGGUCGGUUUGAGAUGACCUGCGGUCGGCGUGAGAUGACCUGCGGUCGGUGUGAGAUGACCUGCGGUCGGUGUGCGAUGACCUGCGGUCGGUGUGAGAUGACCUGCGGUCGGCGUGAGAUGACCUGCGGUCGGCGUGAGAUGACCUGCGGUCGGUUUGAGAUGACCUGCGGUCGGCGUGAGAUGACCUGCGGUUGGUGUGAGAUGACCUGCGGUCGGUGUGAGAUGACCUGCGGUCGGCGUGUCAGGACCAUCAUGCAACUGACAGGGAUCCAGCAGCAGCCACUGGACCUUGCAUCCCAGCAGAAACUGUAG